AUGGGAUCAUGGAGCAAGAUGGGAUCAUGGAGCAAGGAUGAAGAUGACAAGCUCAUUGCAUACAUCCACGAACAUGGCGAACACCGCUGGAAGUCUCUUCCCAAGGCAGCAGGACUUCGGAGACGUGUGAAGAGCUGCAGACGCAGGUGGGUAAACUAUUUGAAGCCUGAUCUCAGGCGAGGGAAUUUCUCUGAAGAAGAAGAUGAGCUCAUCAUCGAGCUCCAGCUCCUCUGGGGAAACAAAUGGUCUCGGAUUGCAGGGAGAUUGCCUGGGCGAACGGACAAUGAAAUAAAGAAUCACUGCGAAUCGACCCACGUCAAGAGAAAAUUGUUGAGCCGGGGAAUCGACCCACAGUCGCACCGCACCAUUCAGCCCUUCCACAGUGAUGGCAGCCGUAGCAGAGAUGACAGGUCUCCCAGUCAAGAAAUUUCAUUGGUGGAUUCUUUACAGAGUGAGCGCUGCAUUGUGACAGGCAAUUUCGAUCUUGCUGCUUCAAAUGGUGAGCACCGCACAAUUCAGCCCUUCCACAGAGAUGACAGGUCUCCCAGUCAAGAAAUUUCAAUGGUGGAUUUUUUCCAGAGUGAGCGCUGCAUUAUGACAGGCAAUUUCGAUCUUGCUGCUUCAAAUAUUGAGCGCCACACAAUUCAGCCCUUCCAUAGAGAUGACAGGUCUCUCAGUCAAGAAAUUUCAAUUGUGGAUUUUUUCCAGAGUGAGCCCUGCAUUGUGACAAGCAGUUUCGAUCUUGCUGAUUCAAAUGGCGCGAGUGGAAGCGAAGAGACGUCUGAUGUGAAUCUGGAAUUCACUCUCGGUUUGCAGUCUUCUGCCUCUCGUGCGAAUAAAUCGCAAUAG